CUGGUAGAAGUGCUAGGGGAAUUUGAUGGAGGUGGGUAGAUGGGUGGAGAUGGGAGAUGAUGGUUGAUGGUGGGAAGAACUUGACGGAUGUGCGUUGAGACGGAUUGGAAGGUGCAGAGGAUAUGACGUUGAAAAAAUUUCUUGGAAGGAGGUGGGUUGGUUGCGUCUUCCUGGAAUUUGACUUCAAGCACAUUCAUGAGGCCGGACACUCUAGCCUGUCAACAACUGCAACACCUUAGCCAUCGACUGUCUCUUGAUUCUGCAGUUUGCUGCAUCUCUGGUCGCCACUUCCAUGAUGUAUAUCUGUCUGUAUCAAGUUGAUUCGCUCUACGCUAGUAUCCCGAGUUGGCACAUUGAGUGUUCAUUGUUCUUCCAAUUGCAAGUCGCUCCUUCCAUCAAAGAACGUCAACAAAAGAUAUCGUCAACAAAGCGCAUAAAGAGUGGAAGUUGCGAAGCCUCUCCGCCCACGGAACAACGAGCGCAACAAAGGCUAGACAAUGACAAUGUCAAUAUCAAAUUUGCCAUGUGUGCCACAAAAGAAUUGUUCUUUGAAGCGUCUUCGACGACCAAGCCACCAAGAGAGGAGUAUAAGUCUUCCAUCCCCGCUCUUCUGAGUCCGCUCAUACAUAUUUCCGUUCGCCACUUUUUUGUUUCUGUUCUCAACACGGCUGUGCCGCUGCCCACUACUUUCAUCAUGUCUACAACACUUAGCCAGCUGGUUCUGGAUAUCAUCGUUUUCAGUAUUACUUAUUAUAUCAUCCUUUCCCCACUAAUGCAGCGUGCUUUAGAAUACAGUUAUGGACAGCCGAUAACACCUUUGAGGUUCACAGCAAAGUUCGACAGUAUCAAGAAUUGGAUCAGAAAUCAACUCCGCGACGACCAUGAGAUCCAAGAUUGGAUCAAGCAACAAGUGCAGAGGAACCGGGAUGCAGAGUCAAAGUCUGCCACAGCGUCGACAAAUUUGACUGCAACAACUGAGGUGGAACCGACUGAGUGCGACAGAUGCUGUGGGCUAUUCGAAGAUGAAUCAUCUAUAUUGAGAUGGUGCUGCGGAUGCACCUGGUGUGCAGAGUGCGUGGAAUCAUCUUUCGAAACUGCCAUUAAUGAGGGAGAUAAAGCUGCGGACAAACCUCUGAGGGCAUUGAGUAAGAGAUGCCCUUUCGCCCAGAAGCACACUAUUCGUGAGAUGCUUCCCAGAUCUGAGGCUGUGCUGUCCGAAGGCUUCUAUAGACACAUUCAGAGAAUGAUCAUGGAGCAAGACACCUUGGCUAGCAUCAACAUGGAGAAGAACGAUUGGAUGCUCGAGGCUGAUGAAGAUGAAGAGGUUGUGAAGAGGAGGUCGCUUCUCGACUUUUCUCCCAUCAAGCGCGAAUCUUGGUAAUUGAAUAAUCGAUAAUAGAAAUUCUCAUGAACCACUAG